ACAGCGGCUGUCAUUAGUCAUUCAACAUCCAACCGUUCAGCUUCGACCACAUCGGCGCUCAAUUACCAGUGAAAAUCGUGUUUCAUUCGGGAGUUUCGCCGCUGAUUGAAGCUUGAAUGUGCUGAUAUUUCCUGCAAUUCAGUGAGAAUUUCAUCAGGUGUGUACAUGAAGUAAUCACCACCAUGAAGUUACACAUUUUAUUGUUUAUGGCUGGGGCUCUCAUAGCAGCUAUUUCAGCAGACAAUAUAGAUGAAUUUGAAGUAGAAUCUGAAGAGGUACAAGACACGUUAAGCCCAGAAGAACCUGCACCGGUCGAAGACGAUUUCCCGUACACAUCACCAGUACCAUCGAAUCCAGCCGCCAUCUACCUCGCUGAACAUUUUGACGAUGAGUCGCAAUUUCACAAAUUAUGGGUAAAAUCUCAGGCUAAGAAGGAGGGCAUCUCCGAGGAUAUCGCCAAGUACGAUGGCGAGUGGGCUUUGGAGGCCCCAUCCCGUGAUGGUUUACUCAACGACAAAGGCAUGGUCCUGAAAUCGAAGGCGAAGCACGCCGCAAUUUCCUCGCGGCUUGUCAAACCUUUCGUGUUUAACACCAAGCCACUCAUUGUGCAGUACGAGGUUAACUUCCAACAGGGCCAAGAAUGUGGAGGCGCAUACUUGAAACUUCUUAGCGACGGCAUUGACACCAAGAAUCUUGUGCAGUUUCACGAUAAAACCCCAUAUACGAUCAUGUUUGGGCCAGAUAAGUGUGGUACUGAUCACAAGCUUCACUUUAUCUUUAGGCACAAGAAUCCCAAGAAUGGCACUAUCGAAGAGAAACACUGUAAAAAACCUAAGGAGAGAUACGAUGAACUCUUCACGGAUAAGAUGCCCCAUUUGUUCACAUUGAUCAUCAACCCUGAUAAUACCUAUGAAGUGCAGAUUGACAAGAAAGUCUUUAACGAGGGUAGCUUGUUAGAGGACUUCACACCAUCUGUGAAUCCUCCAGCAGAGAUUGAAGAUCCCACCGAUAAGAAACCAGAAGACUGGGACGAAAGAGAAAAGAUUCCGGAUCCUGAAGCGAAGAAACCGGAGGAUUGGGAUGAAGAUGCGCCUGCACAGAUUGUUGAUGAAAGCGCGACGAUGCCAGAUGGUUGGUUGGAGAGUGAAACUCAGACCAUUCCGGAUCUGAAUGCAUUGAAACCCGCCGAUUGGGACAACGAAAUUGACGGUGAAUGGGAGCCGCCAUUGAUUGAAAACCCCGCGUGUGCGAAUGCCGUGGGUUGCGGUAAGUGGGAACAACCGUUGAUCAACAAUCCAGAGUACAAAGGCAAAUGGAAGGCACCUUUGGUCGAUAAUCCAAAUUACAAGGGCAAGUGGAGGCCGAGGAUGAUUCCCAAUCCGGAUUACUAUGAGGACAAACAACCUUUUAAGAUGCAUACUAUUAGUGCUGUUGGUUUUGAACUUUGGAGCAUGUCAGAGAAUCUAUUAUUUGACAAUAUUAUCAUCACUGACAGUCUGGAAGCCGCGCAGGAAUGGGCUGCCGAAACAUAUGACAAAAAGCGUGCUAAAAUCACCAAAGCCGCUGAAAGCGUAUUCGAGCGUCUGGCGACCCUGACCAACGAAUAUCCAGCGUUGUGGGCUGUGUACAUUAUAGUGCUAGGCAUUCCAGUAGUGUUUAUUUUGUACCUGUGCUGUAGACCAAGCUCAUCCUCUAGUCAGGACCAGGAAGAGCAAAAACGUGCUGCAGCAGCUAAAAAGACUGAUGAAGUGACCGCCGAUGAUGACAUCGUGCGUGGAAUGUCUGUUCAUCCACAGGAGGGCGAUGGUGAUGCCGACGAUGAUGAAAAGAAAAGUAUUCCGGUGAUGAUGACGAAGAAGACGACGUCGAGGAGGAAGAUGAAGAGGCAAAGUACAAAGAGGUUCCUAAGAAGGAGGAGCCGGUGCGAAAGCGGAAAGCCCGCAAAGAAUAAGCGUAAAAUCACUACGUGCUAGGAAUUGUUUCAAAUUGAUGAUCAAUCAGUACGUCGAAUAACUAGCGCAUUAUAGUUCUAAUUAUAAGCGUUCGUUUCUAAGACUAAGCCAGGGGGCGCGCUGGAGGAGAUUCAUGAGUAGUUUAAUUGAACGUUCUGCUUUCGAGAGUCGAAACUUAAUAUUGUAGCUCACCAAACUACACCUACAUUUCACCACGAGCAUUUGAAACACAUCGCAACUCAACAUUACAUUGUUAUCUAUGUUUCUUUUUCUUGCAAGAUUACAUUACGACCAAUCAACGAGUAUUAGUUUGAAAAUUUACACUACACGCAUUUUGUAUGAGUGUGAGUGUGCAUGUUUGGCGAUAGACAAAAAUUAUCAUUUCAUGUGUGUAUGUGUGUGCAUUACAGCAUAUUUGUGAAAAAAGCGUUUCUGCGUUUUGUACGAAAUACGAAUAGCGCGCGCGCAAUAGCAGCUAAAGUUUGCCGUUUUCGCUGCUGGACAUUAAGUUCUUUUUUAUGUUUCAAAAACAAAGUUAUAAAUAAAUAUGUCUCGUCCUCGUA